AUGCUACAGAUAUUGGUCGUACUGGUGCUGACAGUGGUCAUAGCGCCGAUCACAUUUGCAGAAGUUGGUGACGAAGAGAUUGACGAUCAGGUAAAGGCUUGGCUUGAAAAUUACUUGCAAGAUGGCGAGACACGACUCUUUCCAAAUGACAUUAAAGGCGUAUGGAAAAAUGCCAUUAGUCACAAUCUUACUGCCAACUGGGAAGUUCUACCGAUCGUAUGCGAAGGCAAACCAUCCAUUCAGACCAAAUCUAGAAUCCUCACGCCAAAUGGUGGAUGUCCUGAUGUCUAUACAAACGCCAGUGUAAGCUGUACGUGUUUAGAGGGUUAUAACAAUUCGACUGAGUGGAACUUUUACAUUCAACCGCGGACUCAACUCACAGACCAGCCACUUACACUAAAGUAUGGGACGACGUUGGAGAUUAAUUCGCUCGUGACAAUUGUCGUACCUGAUGAGUUGAGUUCGAUAAAAAUUGUUGGAGUCGGAAGAGACAUUGUGACAUUGAAUACAGUGGAUGUAUUGUCUGGCUGGGACGAAUACGCUACGGACAACUCGCCUCUGAUUGAGGUGAGUACAAGCUCGACUCUAAAGAGAAUCACGCUGGAAAAUCUCGAUUUGCACUCAGUAAUGGAUACAGCACCAGACUCCAUUGAAAAUUUAACUUUUCGACAGACAAAUAUAAGUCAAGUCACAACAACAUUCUUACUGAGUUUUGUCAGUCUGGAGUACUUGGAUCUGUCGUACAACCAGAUACAAAAUACGUACUUGCAAUUGUUAUCACAAAUGCGCGCUACCAAUUCAUGUCUACUAAAGUCUAUCAACGUCAGCAACAAUGCUUUAACUCAACUUCCGUAUCGAUUGCUUGAACUUGACCACCUCGACAGUCUGUACCUUGAAAACAAUAUGAUUGAAGACUGGACGAUCUCAACCGAAGUGUACGACAGUAUUUCCAAGCUCACCAACUUUAACAUGGACUUGCCUCCUGACACAUAUGCUUGUGAUAAUGGAAUGUGGAUGGCAGCCCAGAAUGUCAAGUUUUGCGUACUGGGGAAUAUGACUACAGAGUCAAAUUCAAAGUUUUCGUCUUGCAACCACCGUUUUGUCAAUUAUGUGGUAAUACCAGUCUGUCUUGCAGUUUGCAUCCUGCUCUUUGUCUUUGUGAUACACAGACGUGGACGUUCUCAACGUAAGGAUCGUGAUGCAAUUGAAAUUGACUACACCUUGUCGUUCGAGUCAAAUUCUUCGCCAAAUACGAAUCUUAUCAAUGAUCCACGCAUCAUUGCACAUCGCAUUCCGUUUACAGAUAUAAAGAUUGUCAAGUGUAUCAACAAGGGAGGUUUUGGUCUUGUCUACUCUGGCUUGUACAACCGACAUCGCGUAGCGAUUAAACGCAUUCGAACAGAUCUCUGCUUGGAUAUGAAGCACAUCGAAGCAUUUAUCAAAGAAAUUAGUCUCAUGUCGACACUGAAUCACCCUCAUAUCGUGACAUUUAUUGGUGUCGCAUGGGACACACUGCAGAAUUUAAGUGCAGUGACAGAGUACAUGGAACUUGGCGAUUUACGUGCAGUUUUGCAAAACAUUCACCGUGCUCCUUCGUCUCUGACGUGGAAAAAGCAUAAACUUCGUCUUGUCCAACAUAUUGCAGAAGCUUUAAUGUAUUUGCACUCGUUGGAACCAAAGUUAAUUCAUCGUGAUCUCAAGUCCAAGAAUAUUUUGUUGAAUACCAAGAUGGAGGCGAAAUUAAGCGAUUUUGGGGUAUGUCGUGAGCGUCAUUUAAUAGAAACUCACAUGACAGCAGGGAUCGGGACAUCGUUUUGGAUCGCUCCAGAAGUUCUACUUGGCAAAGACUAUGACGAGCGUGCCGACAUUUAUUCACUUGGUAUCGUUCUUUCUGAGAUAGAUACAGAAGAUUAUCCAUACUGGAAUGCCAAGAAUCCACCCAAAGGUGGGAAAGCCAUGGAAAUUGCCAUUCUUCGUAUGGUUGCAGCUGGAGAGUUGAUUCCAGAGUUUACAGAAAGUUGUCCUCAGGAGGUGCUACGACUAGCAAAGGCUUGUUUGUCGUUAAAUCCUGACGACCGUCCAUCGGCUAUGGAAGUAGUGUAUAUUAUUCAGCAGAUUAUGAGUCCUUACACAGUAAAAGGUCUUGGGGACUCAAGCAUAGAGUGGUCUUCAUCCGACUCAUCGUUCGUGUCAAGGUAA